CCCUAAAAGCUUCGCUCUUUUAUCGUCAGAACAGCGAGAAGACUUCUUACCGGUGAAGAUCGGAGAUUUCGCCGGCGCCGGAUUUUUCUAUUUCACACUUCGAACUACAAGAUAGGAAAAUAAAUGUUGGCAAAAGGUAGAAGAGUUGCUGGGAAGGGGGAGACAGUGCCUGCAAAUUAUGCUUUUGGCCCGCUUGAAGAUGAUUCAAUUAUUAAGCAUAGACUUCUCACUCGCACAACAACCACUAGAGGUGAACCCCCGUUGAAGAAACUUCAGAAAAAGUUUACUGCUUUUGCUUUGGAGGUAGAGAAGGAAGCUGAUAACUAUGGUGAUUGUGAAAGACUUGCCAAAGCUUUCUUGCAAGAGCUAAAUACAUUUGAGAUUCCGCUCCUAAAGAGUAAAGCAGUCAUAGAUGCAAAUCUAAGAGAGAAAGAGAACUUCAAUGACCUAAAAGAUGAGAUAAAUCAGCAAAUUUUACAAGCUCAGGCCGAUAUAGAAGAUCUCAAGAGGCAACUUGAAGAAAGCAAGAUAGAGAGGAAGCACAAAGAAGAGUGUGAGUCCAUCAGGAAGUUGGUUGCUAUGCAGCCUCCAAGAUCUGAAACUCAGAAGGUUAUUACAGAGCUUGAGAAAGAGAUAGCAAUGUUGGGGGCAGAGAAUACUGCUAGUUCAAGAAUGUUGGAGCUUCGUAAAAAGCAGUUUGCGCUUCUAUUGCACGUGGUUGAUGAGUUGCAGAACACAAUAGAGGAAGAACAGAGGAGCUUGGUGGAAGAGUUGAGGAAUGCAGUUGAUGAUCAUAAUAAGAGUGGGGUGGAGGAUGGUAGUGGGGGUCCUGAAGCAAUGGCUGUUGAUUAGCAAUUGGUCAUACUAAGGAGUAAGGACAAGCCUUUGUCAUAUGACAGAUAUUUCCUACCAAUUGUUGUAUUUUAGUAAGAAUUUCCAAUCCCCUGGAUUUUUCGAGGCAUAGCGUAAACAUCCCCACCCCUCAAAGGGCAUUCAUUUUCUUAUUUUUAUUUCGACGAUGUAAUAGCUUUUCGAUAUGUUAUUUAACAAUGGGACUUGGAUUAGUUUCUGGUUGUAGAAAUGUUCAAUAUGACAGUCCUUUUAUUGUGGCAUCUUGAGUUUGACAUACACAAAAUGGUGUGGCUAGAAUGGAAGAUGGAGUUAUACUGAUGGAAAACAUGAAACAUGGCAUCUCAUUUUCAUUAUUAUUGAUGGACCAUUCUGUUUUUGUUUGAUUGAGAUGGCAUUCAGUUUAGUAAUUUGAUUAA